AUGAGCGACGUGGGGCAGGCCAUCCUGGACGCCCUUACGGCAGCGGCGGAUCCGAACCCGGACGUCCGUCAUAGGGGAGAGGUGCAGCUCAUGCAGCUGAAGGAGAACCCUGAUGCCUUCUUUUCCAGCUGCGCAGAGCUGCUGAUUAGCGCCAGUGUGCCGACGCGAGGACGACAACUUGUUGGAUAUCUGUUGAAAAAUCACCUGUCGCAUCCGUCAUGUCUACAGAACAUGGCACUUCAGAUCGCUGUCAUGGAGCAUGCUGUGGUGGACCCGGAGUGCAGUAUACGCGCUGUGGCAUGUGCUAUUAUCAGUUUGGCGGUCAGGGAAACCCAUUGGCCCGUGGAGCCUGUUGUCAAGUCUCUCACAGCUAUUCUUUCCACACGCGCCGGUGAACUAAACGCCGUUCAUGGCGCAAUGCGUGCAUUGUCACAGAUUGUGGAUGAUACUGUGCAACUCUUAGACAUGCGUCAGCUCACUGGCGUGGUUGUGAGUGCUGUUCUCCCGUAUCUUAGAGCGCAGAUGGACAAGCGAGAGGGACUGGAGGUGCAGCUAAAGGCCUUCGAUGCAGUUUCCGUGGUGAUUGAGCAGGCAGGCAUUGAUUAUAGUAGCUUUUCAUACAGUAGUAUGCGUCCACAUAUACUGCAGGUUAUUGAUGCCUGCUUUGGAAACCUGCAGAAUUCGUCCUCCACCCAACUGUCCACCAAGUGUGUGAAAUGCAUUGUUCUCUCGCUCGGCUACCAUGACCUCAUCUCGGACGAGUUGUUUCACAAAAUAACGAGCUUCAUGUCCAUGGUAACUGCCUCCGCAGGCGGAGCGGAUGAGGAGCUUCGCAUUGAAGCAACCGAGUUUUGGCGUGGCGUUUUGUGCUUUCCCAGGUUUGCCUCCUUGGUAGAGCCCACGUUGGAGAGCAUCAUCCCUGUUCUGAUUCGUUCCAUGGUGUACUCGGAUAUGGAGGUUAGCAUGUUGCAAGCUGGCGCCGAGGACUGGAGUGUUCCUGACAAGAUUGACGACAUUAGACCAAGGCAUUAUCAGGCACGCGUCAAUGAGACGGGUGCCAAUGGCGUUGAUGACGAAGACGCCGAAAAUGAGGACGACGAUGGGGAGGUUGAGGAAUGGAAUCUGAGACGCGUGUCGGCCCUGACGCUUGACUCCAUCGCAGAGUACUAUGGUGAGCGAAUUAUUUUUACGGUGUUGAGCGUGAUUGAUGGCAUGAUUCAACCCAGCAAUCACUGGAAGGAGGUGGAAGCCGCCAUCUUGGCUUUGGGGGCCAUCAUGGAUGGCUGCUUUGACUCCAUGACACCGUAUCUACCAGACAUAAGUGUGCGGCUCCUUCAGUUGCUUGGCGACUCCUCCGUGCACUUCCUUGUGUGGAACAUCGCACUUUGGACAAUGACGCAGAUUGGAAGGUAUAUCGUCUCCGUGCCUGAUAAACUGCAGAGUUUUUUGGAGUGCGUUGUUCAGAAGAUGCAGAGUCCCUCAAAGCUUGUGCAGGAGGGGGCCACUGCGGCAUUGCAGAAGACGGUGAUUCUCUGCAGCGAGGGUCAGCUUGACAAUGAUAUCCUGCUCAUUAUCAACUGCGUGGCAAGAUGUCUGAGCGGAUAUCAGCUUAAGAACCGUGUGCUGCUGCUUGAAACCCUGGAAACCAUCUGCGAGACGAUGGGUGAGAAGCUGCGCAUUCAACCGGACUCUGUGGAGGUGCUCAUGGGACCCCUCGGCGAGAUUUGGAGCGGCACCCCCGACGAUAGUCCGCUCCUUUUCUCCUUCUUCAAGUGUAUGUCUAGUGUCUGCCGAGCACUUGGGCAAGCGAUGCAGCCGGCGUUGGCUAAAAAUAUUUUUGGGCGUUCCUACCGUCUACUUGUCAUGCAUGUACAGGCACGCGCUGAGGCUCGACGAACGAAUCAAGACCCACCAGAAUACGAAUUCCUUGUGACUGCCGCGGAUCUCUUGUCUGGGCUGUUUGAUGCACUCAGCUCUAGUUUGGAGCCACUUGUCUUGCAGUGUCAACCGCCCUUUGUCGCCACAGUGCUGGAAACUGUCCGGGACGAAAAUCCGGAGAUUCGACAGAGUGGAUUUUCACUUCUUGGUGACCUGGCUAGAGUUUGCCCUGUAAGCGUGCAGGAGGUACUGAGGGAGGUGGUGAAGGCGGCGUUGGAGAACCUGGCAGUUCUGGAUGAAAGCACAUAUGGUGUGAUCAGCAAUGUGGCGUGGUGUAUGUGUAAUUUAUUGGAGAAUCAAAUGGAUAUCAACAAUUUGCCCUUGUUGGACGCCGCAAACGGACUUCCCCAGUUGUUUGCGGCGAUCGCUCGCAUUCUUGGCACCGUCCCGCACACGGCGGAGAUGCGCAAUAUGGCGGAGAAUCUGUGCAUCUGCCUUGGGCUUAUGCUUUACGCUGACCACGGGGUGGAGGCGCAGUCCGGAUGCGACGUCUCCCUCUUUGCGAAGGCGUUCUGCUCGUACAUGCGCAACGUGAAGGAUGUGCCGCACAAGGAGCAGGCGGUAAGUGGCUUUUUGAUUGCCGUGCGGCAACAGCUACCGAUCGUUGUCUCGCGCCUGCACCUCUUUUUUGACCUCGCCGUCUCACUGGCGACGUGCAGCGGCGAUGUGAAGCGGGCAAUGCAUGAUCUGCUGGAGGCGGCGCAGGGACACGCCAGCGCCCGGUGGAGGCAGCAGCUGGCGCAGUACAGCGAGCAGCUCCGGACACGCCUCUACCACAUCUACGGCAUCCAGUGA